CCAGCCUGGAACCCUCAACACGCAAAUGGUUUCCACCAUUUGUUACGUUUGCAGUAAGCCUAGAUAACUACAGGUCUAUUUUUAUAUAGUUCGGUGUAUGAAUACCCAGUGACUGUGUUAAAAGGAUUAGUCUUUAGCAUCAACAAACCAAUAGGUUUGGCUACUAUACUUUAGAUUUAUGAGCGAUCCAAGGUUAAUUAACUCUUUCUCUCCGUAAUUAUUUACCAGAUUAUGGUGGAAUCAACCCUGGUAUCGUCAGUUAGGAGAGAAAGAGUUAAGUACAUCCAGGAAGUAGAUUCUAGAAUAAAGAAGCUUGUAAUAGUUUUAUAUGGUUUUUUUUUCUUAUCGAGCAAACGCAAUAUAUGCACCUGGGCGAAGUCCACCGACAAUUACUUUAUUUAAAAAAUAGAGUUAUUAUCGUAUACGCUAUAUGAGAUCGAUUAAAUUAUAGCAGAGUAUGAAUACAACCAAGUUAUUAACAUAUUUGUGAGACCAGAAGUAGUGCCUGCUUAGUAGAAUCGCUCUUUAGUUUCACAAUUCUUGGAUACAUUGGUGCAAUAUAGGAAGAACGCUUAGAUAUUCUCAAGAUGGAACCUGAUAAGGUUCAACUAUUAAUUGCUGACCAAGCACUCAAUGUGAUCUUUAUUCUUCUAAUCUGUUUGAUCAACAGGGCACUCCUCAUCAUCCAAGUCAAGAAACCAAAGUUUUAUCAGAGCGUCAAGCUGAUGAUGAUUAUAUCCUUGGCUAUAGGAGACAUCAUCUUGGCGCUCUUCCCGUUAGUAGUGCUUGCUAAAUUUUUAUUUGAGGACGAUAAAACCUUCAUGACCUGCAGGUUAUUCACCUAUGCCAUAACCUACACGUUAUACUUGAUUCAUUUCGUCUACGGACUUGGUCUUGUGGUACUGGCAGCUGAAGUCUUCCUUAGAAACAGGAUUCGAAGUAUACACAACAACUACAAAACAAUCUCUGCAGUUGGUGCAAGUAGCGUCCCUUGGAUCUUAGGACUAAUUAUAAUACUUCCGCUUUGCAUGUCAAAGGUUAAUUAUGAGUCUCACUGCACCAACAGCCAGUCUUUAGAAUUCAUGUUUGGGGUAUCCGUGUUUCUACCGGUCUUACUCUCAAUAGUAAUCAGUAUUGUUCUCAACUGUGUCCAUGUUCCUACUUUGCAACAAGGACAGAUAAUAAGCACCGAACAGCAACCCUUAAUUGUGUCUCAACAGACUGUUAACCAACAAGAAAAUAUCAUACAAUACCCUCCCCAGGGUUACGCCCCUGGUAAUACUCAUUAUAAUUCACUGAACUCAAAUCCAUAUCCACAGAAUGCGGUACCUUAUCCAUAUCCAGCAAACCAACAGGUUAUGAACCAGUCCUCAACGGUGAACUUAAACCAGGAAGAUAACACAAUACGGGAGACUCCCAUGCAUCAACGCGCAGAGGGCAAGUUGCUUAUAAUAUCCAUCAUCUUCGGUUUCAUGGUAGUUCCCAUUGCAUUGAUUACUAUUAGAGCUGCCCAUAUUGACUGGGAUGACUCAAUGAAAAAAACUGUAGUAACACAAUUUGUCUUUUGGCUAAUGGUGGCGCGCUCAUGCAUAACGCCCCUGAUUAUGAUAAGUUUUUCUAAUUUGUGAUAUGUGCCUAUACUUUUAAACAAAUAUUGUCAAACCAAACAGCUCUACCUAUAUAUAACGUAGUGUUAAACUUUUUUUACAAUGUAUAAAAAAAUAUUGUAUUUUGUUCGCUGAAAGCUUGAGUUCGAGCAGCAUAUAAUAAUUGACUUGUUGUCAAUGAUAUACAAUGAUAUUAUUUCACUA